UUGUCAUGUAGGUCCUGUUGGACAACCACCACCACCGCCACCACGAGGAGGGUUCCCUUCCAGCUUCCUCGGGGGAACACCUGCACGCUUCCCAAAUGGUUCGCUCCCAUGGCGCCAAGCUCCUCCAUUUGCUCGCUCGCCGUUCCCUCUCCUCCAGCCUCUUCAACGCCUCCCCUCCCCCCUCUAUUUUCAAUUCGGUGCUCCGAGGUGAUCCUAGGAGAUUCGGUUCUGGAUCUUGGGGGAUCGCCAAUAGGAUUUCUAGCUGUUGCUCGUCUCCCUCUCAAAAUGGUAAUUUGAGGACUUGUUUUCUCCUGGGCGUUUCCAAUUCCAAUUGGGGUUCUGCAAGAUCAAUUCACGGCACCGCAACUAGGUAUGCCCCGGAUUAUUAUGAAAUACUUGGUGUAAACAAGGAUGCAGGUCCUUCUGAAAUCAAGAAAGCAUACUAUGGGCUAGCAAAAAAGCUCCAUCCAGAUACUAAUAAAAGUGACCCUGAGGCUGAAAAGAAAUUUCAAGAAGUUUCAAAAGCUUAUGAGGUUUUAAAAGAUGAAGAGAAGCGACGGGUCUAUGACCAGGUUGGCCAUGAAGCUUUUGAACAGCAAGGGAACCCAGACUUUGAUUCUGCAUUUUGUGGAUUUAAUAAUCCAUUCGAGGAUCUUUUCAAUGGAGAUAUAUUCAAUAUGUUUAGGCAAAGAUUUGGUGGCCAGGAUGUGAAGGUUUCUAUUGAGCUGUCUUUCAUGGAAGCUGUCCAGGGAUGCACUAAAACAAUUACAUUUCAAGCCCCUUUAACUUGUCAAGGCUGUGGUGGAACUGGUGUACCUCCUGGGACAAAACCAGAAAAUUGUAGACGCUGUGGAGGUGCAGGGGAGACAUACACUCAAAGAGGCAUGUUUAGUAUCCGUCAAACUUGUAGUCAGUGCGGAGGAUCUGGAAAAACUGUAUCGAGCUUUUGCAAGACAUGCAAGGGUCAAAGGGUUGUAAUGGGAUCGAAAUCAGUCAAAUUGGAUAUCAUGCCAGGGGUAGAUGACGAUAAUACUAUGAAAGUGAAUAGAAGUGGUGGUGCAGAUCCUGAUGGAAACCAACCCGGAGAUCUUUAUGUGACCAUUAAGGUCCGUGAAGAUCCUGUUUUCCGACGAGAAGGUGCCGACAUCCAUGUUGAUGCUGUUUUGGGAGUCACACAGGCAAUUUUGGGAGGAACCAUCCAAGUUCCUACUCUGACAGGAGAUGUAGUCCUCAAGGUCCGUCCUGGUACCCAGCCUGGUCAGAAGGUUGUUUUGAAGAAAAAAGGGAUUAAAACUCGGGGCUCUUUCUCAUUUGGCGACCAGUAUGUGCAUUUCAACGUCAGCAUUCCAACGAAUUUAACCCAGAGAAAAAGGGAGUUGAUUGAAGAGUUCGCAAAGGAAGAGCAAGGUGAAUAUGACAAACGUACAGCAGCAGGUGCAUCUGGCUAGGAGAAAUGUCUACUCUCUUCCUUGUCACUUUGAGACUGCCUUCAGAAUGGAGAUUGAAAAGGAGUUAUUGGUCUCUGCAAUUUUGUAGCAUGAAGUGGUUCUGCUUUUGAUUACAUUAUUAACAAAUGUAAUUUGCUCAAAAUAAUCAACAUUAAUAGUUGAGGCGGAAUUUCCCUUUGCAUCAAAGGUAAGGUUACUGUAAAUAUAUAAACCGAUUAUUGUAUUUGAUACGCUAGCUAGUGGGAACAUGUAAGUUCAUUGAAUGACUAAAAUUCCUCGAGUGUACCACUGAGUUAUGAUGAUU